AUGACGACGACGGUGCGCGUAGCAACACCCGAAAUUCGGCUGCAUUGCGGACCCACGGGACUGAACGAGGCCGUGCUGUCGCUGGACUUCCUACAUCCUAACGUAGAUGUUGACCAGUCAAAUACUACGGACAAACCGCUUCUGGCCACGGGCGGCGCUGACAAGGAGAUCAAGUUGUGGCGCGUGGGUGAAGACAUUGAGCUCAAAAAUGUGGAGCUAGAGUUCGUCUUCAGCCUUUCUGGCCACGACCGCAGCGUCAACUGUGUGCGCUUUUCACCCAACGGCGCGUACCUCGCGUCAGCAAGUGACGACACGUCGAUUAUUCUAUGGACAAAACCCAAAACUGCGGGCGAUGACUGGCGCUGGGAUCAGAUCUCGUCCCUCAGCGACGUAGGCCGCACCAUCCUCUCACUAGGCCAUAAGGGCGAUAUCACAGACCUGUCAUGGUCUCCUGACUCAGCCUUUCUCUGCUCCUCUUCGGUCGACAACCGCUGCGUCAUUUGGGAUGUGGACAAGGGCGACGUCGCCGAACGACGUAAAGACCACACGCAGUACGUGCAGGGCGUCGCGUGGGACCCUCUCAACGAAUUCAUCGUGUCGGAAGGCAACGAUCGCACAUGCAGAGUAUAUUCGCUCAGUGGAUUUGGAGCGACAACGCGGCCGAACGGGAAGAAACUAGGACGAAAGUUCAUGUGCAUUCAGACGCUGAAGACGCGCGAGCUACCGGCCGUACACAGCGGGCCCAUCGCAGCAGCAACGAAAGAGAAAGAAGGAAAGGACAGCGGGAAGACGGUGGAUAUUGAAGCCAAUGCCCUUGUAGGGGAUUCGGUUUCUAAAGCCACACCGGCAUCCAAGCACCGUAUGUUCCUUGAUGACACGUGCCCCGCGUUCGCUCGUCGACCGGCAUGGACACCUGACGGAAAUUAUUUUCUGGCGCCAACUGGGACUUUCCGUGCUAGUGACUCGGCGUCUCCAGUGAAUACAGUGUACGCUUUCUCACGGGGUAACUUGAGCCAGCCGACGCUGCACCUACCCGGGCAGGAGAAGGCUUCACUUGGUGUCCGCUGCAGCCCUCUUCUCUAUCAAUUGCGCCGUCGAGAUGACCAAUCAGUCAGCUCAUCUCCACCUAACCUUUUCAAAACGGAAUACCGCUCUGUAUUUGCUGUUAUUACUCUCGACGCUGUCGUGAUCUACGACACUCAGCAAGCUCAUCCAAUAUGCACGAUAAAGGGGCUUCACUACGCAGACUUAACGGACGCGACUUGGACAGCAAACGGUCAGACGCUAAGCAUUUCGUCUACGGACGGCUACAUAUCCUUUAUCCAGUUUAAAGAUGGAUUUUUCGGAGCAAGCGUCCCUCGCAAGGACCAAGUUGCACUGAACGAGGAUAAGAUGCGUCGAAUGUUUGCCACACCGAAGAAGGUGCGCAAUAAAGCUAGAAGUCAAGCACAGAACCAGACUACGCCAAAGGAGCAGACACCAGCAAAAGCCUCUAUAGCAAAACCGAAAUCACAGCAGUCAUCAGACCCCAUCAAACGUGCUUUCAAAGGAAGCACCACUGGCACGUCCGUUAAUCUGCUGCAAGUGCGGAAGAAGCGCAAGGUUUUUCCAACUUUGGGGCAAUCGGCAACAAAACCAGCGACUACCACUCCACACGCUUUCAAGACUGGCAACAGUACCCUAGCAACCACAACACCAUUGCCACCAUCUAGUGCUCCAGCAGAUAGCACUGUCAGCACUGUAGCAGCAGAUGCAGCAAACUACAGCGAUCGAUGCCACACGUCCUGCUGGUCAUUUGACGACCCUCUCAAUAUCUAA